CGGGUCCCUGGAGGGAGACCGCUUUUCAGGGCUCCCGCAACGGCGACUUCUCCCGCCCGAGUUGCGGGGUUGAAGAGCUCCUGGAGCGCGGCCUGACAUCACCGCCCCGCGCGGCUUGGAAUGGCCGCGGGACUCUGCGAGCGCCUGCCGGGGGCUCCAACAUCAAGAACCCGGUGUGCGACCUUGCACCACCCGGCGUGGCUUUAAUGGCCGCGGGACAAUCGCCAUCGCCAGCCGGGGGCUUUGACUUUGACUCUGACAUGGGGGGGGGGGGGGGAGAGUGCAGUGGAGAGAUAAGUUUUUUUGGCCUUCCAUCACAGCGAUGUGAUGGAUGUUUAUGUAAAUUAUGUUGUGUCUUGGGUCUAUUUGUUUGUAAUUUAUGGCUGCAGAAACGGCAUUUCGUUUGGACCUCAAGGGGUCCAAAUGACAAUUAAAUUGAAUCUUGAAUCUUCUAAGUCAGCCAACAUAGGAAAAUGGGAACACUCAAUGGGAGUAAGAAGAGGAGAUAUAGCCAAAGACAGACCACAUAAUUACUUUCUGGUUUGCUUCCUGAUUAAGAACCGUACCUGCACGAUGAAAGAUCUUGCCAUUGCCAAUUUUUGAGUAUUGAACUUGCUCAUGAUAGGAAAGAAAUAUGACUUUAGUAUAUGGCAAGAGAAAAAGACCAUCUCCCUAUCUCUCUCUCUUUCACUCUCCUUUAAGAUGAUUCUUUAAACUUACUCCUGACCAACUCUAUUGAUCUGAUCUCUGUUGGUUAGUACUCUCCAUCUAUGACUAGGUUGUAUUUUGUCUUUUUUUUGUUGUUUGACAGUUAAGUGCUUUGGGACAUUUAAUUAUAUUCAAGAUACUAGACAAAUUCAAUUUGGUAUUAUUGAAAAUUCCCGCACAUAGAUUAAACAAUAAUUAUGGACUGUAACUAUGUUGUAACCAGAUUUCCACAUAUGACAAUCCAUGAACUUUAAUUGGAUUGACACCAUGGUGGCAUAAACAUUGUGUAUUAUUCUGUAUUUUAUAAAAAGGUAGAACAAGGCAGAUUAGUAUAUCAAGCCUAUGCUAUAACCUAGCCUAUGCCUAUGUAAUCUCACCAAUCACAUUCCUCCAUUUAUUUUACAGUCACCUCUGAUUCUCCAACCAACUGCCUACACUAAGGACAAUUUACAAUAGCCAAUCAACCUACCAAUAACAAAUCUCUCGGUGCACAAGAGCGAAAUCCACACAGCCACAGCGAGUACGUGCAAUCUCCACAAAACAGGACCAAGGUCAUGGUUGAACCUAAAUUGUUGGAGCUGUCAGAUCAAUUGCCGUUCCACUGACAUGAACAUGGGCGACAGUAGUUUUGUAAUCACAGUUCCAGUUAUAUGAUUCACUUAUAUCGUUAUUUUUUUAGCUUACAUUAAACUUUUAGUUCCAUUAGAAAGUCAGGAUUACACAUCAGAAACAAGAAGAAAAAUAAUGGAGCCGCUUCAGUUCUAAUUCAUUUCUGGCCAAGUAUUCCAGCAGUGCUGUUAAAGGAGUCAUUUACAACAAUAUGAAGUUGUUUUCUCCGGUAAUAUUUCACAUACAGUAUUUACUGUCAAUCUGGGUUGGAAGUGGAACGGUUCUGAUUACAACUCUUGCUUGAAGCAAUACUAUGGUAUUAUUUUGUAAUCAUAGUCCAAAUUAAAGGAUGUAAUUAUAUCUAUUUGUUUAGGUUAUAUUAACCUUUCAUUUCUAUUGGAAAGUCAGGAUUACACAUUAGAAACAAGAAAAAAAAUAAUCUCUCUAUUCCUCAUUCAAAGUUUAGUCACCCAACCUAAGAUGUGUAAGCAAUUCAAUAAAUUGUUUCCGACUCAUUGGGGAAUAUCUUUUGCAUAGAUACGUCCAGUAUCAUGAGAUUAUGGCACAGAAACCUCAUGCCUAUCACGUUCAUGCUAACAUUGUUUUGCCCUACACUAAUCUCUAUUGCUGGUAUUAAUACUAUAUCCUUCUAGGUCUACCUUAUUUAACCAUCUGUCUAAACGGUACUUAAACACUGUAAUUUCACCAAUUUUCCUAGUUGGGAUUACCAGAUAUCAACCACUCUCUGUUUAAGAAACUUACUCCUCUGUUCCCUUUUAAAACUCUUUCCACAAAGAUCAGAGCACCAAACCCAGAUCUUUGGCACUGUAAGGCAGCAACUCUACCACUGCAGCAUUUAUUUCAUUUCUUAAAUAAUAAAGAUAAAUAAAUAAAGGACUCUUCCUUUAAGUUAAGUAUUGACCUAACAUUGUAGUGAACUGAUAUCUGAUGAAAAAAAGUUGUAUUUAAUGUUCAAAAGUGAGAAAUUUAUUGUAAUGUCACAAUAUUCAUUCAGCAAUAUUUAAUCGUUGACAUGUAAUUUAGAUAACAGGAAUGUUAUUAUCAAAUACAAUGUGCAGAAAAGUAAGCUGAAUAGCCAAGUCUGUUCAGAACUUUGAAAUAUUUUUCAAAGUGCUCUCCCAUGCAUUUGAAAUCGGUUUGAGAUCCGUAUCUGCAGAGUUUAUUUGAACGAGCAGUUUUAACACUCACAGCUCAUGGUUCAGGUCAGCAAGAAAUUCGGUGCAUGUGCAUAAAUCUGCUCUUUUGGUUCCCCUUUGUUGCUUCCUGGAGGGAGAAGUUAGCAGUGGUUGAGCUCUUUAUUUGUUUUAAUAAUAUAAAGUACUUGGCUAAUGCAAAUCCUAAAAAGUGAAAGUGUUUGAAGAAGGAUCCCGAACCGAGCUGCCUGACCCAUGGAGUUACCCUAGCAUUUUGCGUCCUUUUUUGUAAAUCAGCAUCUGUAGUUCCUUGUUUCCAUCUAAGAAAUUGUGUUAGGUUGGCUACUACAGCAGAACAUACAAUGAAGGUAAAAUCAUUAAUGAAGCAAUUAGUUCAUCUGAAAUCACUGCCCUGAAAAACAGCAGCAACAAUUGCCCGAGGGUUCCAAUAUCUCUGACAAUCAAGGCGAUUAAUCUGUGCAGUAGGAGACGUGGAGAAACUAAGCGAAGCAUGAGAAAUCAGACAGGAGAAUGGAAGUCCAAAUAAAUUAUGAAAACAUUAAAAGCAAUAAUGGGGAUAGAUGACAUGCUAUGGUGAGUGUAUUGAGCAGACUGUAAAAUUGAAAGACAUAGGGGAUAGGAUAAAGAAGAAAAUGUUGGAGAAAUAAUUUCAGGAAUGGUUACCAUAAUUUUCUUUUCCUUCCUACAAACAUUAUUCAUUUGCCACCCAAAGACUUUACAUAUUUUAAAAUUAGGAUAUUCACAAUUGACAAUUAUAACAUUAUUAAACUGAUGCCAGGAGGCCAAUUUGUUUCUAAAGAUGAAGACUGCAACACAACUGCACCCUUUCUGUUUAUUGCUUUGGUAGAAAAUGUAUAUGUGAUUGUCGAUUAGAAAAUAUUGAUGUACAGAGCGAACUGGGUGUUGUACACAAGUUAGUGAAAACAAACACACAGAUGAGUGUUAAGAAAUAUGAAGUAGUUAGGAAGCAAAUGAUAGUUAACAUAAAUGUUUCUUAAAAAUUGCAGAAUAAAAAGUAAACUACUGGAGAAACUCAGAAGGUCAGGCUGUAUUUGUCGUGGAACCGAUUAGCAUAGUCUUCAUUUCGAGAGCUUUUGAGUAGAGGUGCAAGGAUAUUUUACUACAACCGUAGGGGGGACUUUGAUGAAACAUUACCUCGAGUCUCGUUUGCAGUUUGUAAAUGGCAAAAUAAGUCUGAAGGGCCAAAUGGCCUUCUCGUGCUCUUAUUCUUUGUUUCUGCGUCUACUGUGGCUAUUUUACUUCUUUAGAUUGCUUCUGCUGUUCGUGUCUCUUCGUCGAUGCUAAUUUAAAUCUGACCGACACGGUCAAUUAUCAUGCGAUUUUCCGCUACUUUGAGGAAGCCAACAACAGGUUCCGGUCUCGAUACCAAUAGGAAAAUGCUUUACAGUUGCACAUGGUCAUGCACCAAAUUCACAAAAGCAAGAUUUUGCGUUACAAACGAAAGAUUGACAUAAACAGAACUAAAGGCGAUUAACUAGCUUGUAUAUUACACUCGGCAAACGAAUUAAAAUAAUCAAUAAAUGUUAUUGCAUUGGUUCAGCAAAGCGUAAGUGCGUUUUCCGUGGUUUGCAGCUAUGCAUGUUAUCGCCGUGUUAUAACGUUUAGUAAAUCGCUAUGGUUCCCAUGUGUUUGUUUUGUGAAACAUCUAAAAGCGUGAUAGAGCUUUCUAUAUUUUCCUUGACUAUUUUCAGACGCGAUGUAGCUGUUUCACCAACAGGGUGCGAGGCUGGCUGCGAGCUGCCUGCAACGUAUUGGAUGUGAGGAGUUUAAGCACGCGUCCAAGAGGCAGAUUAUGUUACCUUUUGUGAUCCGAACUGUUGACAUUCUCUGGGGCUAUGGGUUGCAGUGAUAAAAUGUGCCUUACUCACUGUGUAACAGUGCACAAACCCAGCAGACAAAUUAUCAUCCCGUCUGCUUAUCAAACUGCCUGCAGGAGAAACAGUCUUUGUCAAACUCCACGUUUGUGUGGUACAGUUUUGUUCUGGUUUCAUGAGAUUAGCGACCUGUCAGAAAGCUUCGCGUUUGGUUAAUUUAAAUAUAUUCCAUUAAUCGACUGUCAGACGCUGACGUGCGACUGUAUUUGGAUGGUUCUCCAGGGGGAGGUUUAGAAGUAGGCGAUUCCAACUUUCAGCGCGACACAUUAGCGCUGUUCUCGCUGUAUCCUACGAAGAAGCAUUUCCCUCCAACUGCAAUUCCGAGGGUUAUUGCAAUGAUUUGUUUAACAUGUUCUGCUAUUUUACGAUAUAGCGAGGUAGUCGAUGCAAGUCGUUGAAUCCGGACAUUAACAAAAAGAGCGAGGAGUGUUGAACUUGUGUGGAAUAAGGUAUUGAAACCAUGGGGACGGAGCCCAGAAGCCCAGAUUCGAGUGAAACAGAUUCUUCGGAUGAUCAGGAGCUGGUUGUGAACAUCGGCGGGGUCCGCCACGUACUGUAUGGGUAUGCGGUGAACCGUUACCCGGAGAGUCGGCUGGCAGAACUGAUGGACUGCACUGACAACGAAGCCAUUUCCUCUCUCUGCGACGACUACGACAAAAGCAAGAGAGAGUUCUACUUCGACCGAGACCCAGACUCCUUCAAGUGUGUGAUGGAACUGUACUAUUUCGGAGAAAUCCACAUUAAGAAAGGGAUUUGCCCCAUUUGUUUCAAAAAUGAACUAGACUUCUGGAAGAUCGACGUGGACUUUCUGGAUGAGUGUUGCAAAUGUCACCUGGGCGAGAAGAACGACGAGCUGGAGGAAAUUGCCCAACAAGUGAAGCUGAUCCUGGCCGACAGGGGGGAAUCGGCUGAUACCUGUUGGGGCAAAACUGAAAAAUUCCUCUGGAAACUGAUGGAAAAGCCGGAUUCGUCUUGUCCGGCCAGAGUGAUUGCCGUCUUAUCCUUCCUGUUUAUCCUGAUCUCCUCCGUGGUGAUGUGCAUGAGCACCAUACCCGAGCUCCAGGUGAUGGACGAGGAUGGGGACUUGGUGGAGCACCCAGCCAUGGACUCAAUCGAGACGGCGUGCAUCGGUUGGUUCACGGCCGAGUACAUCCUCCGGCUGCUCUCGGCGCCCCACAAGCUGAAGUUUGCGCUCGCUUUCAUGAACAUAAUCGACGUGCUGGCCAUUCUGCCUUUCUACGUCAGCCUGAUCCUCACCACGAUCGGGGCAACCCUGAUGGAGUUGACGAAUGUGCAGCAAGCCAUCCAGGCUCUCCGAAUCAUGCGGAUAGCACGAAUCUUUAAACUGGCGAGGCACUCCAGCGGUCUCCAGACCCUCACCUACGCGCUGAAAAGGAGCUUUAAGGAACUGGGCUUGUUGCUCAUGUACUUGGCAAUUGGCAUUUUCGUGUUUGCGGCUUUAGGUUACACGAUGGAACAAAGCCACCCCGAAACGCUCUUUAAAAGUAUACCGCAGUCCUUCUGGUGGGCUAUCAUCACCAUGACCACCGUUGGAUAUGGGGAUAUCUACCCAAAGACAACUCUGGGGAAGAUCAAUGCGGCCAUCAGCUUUCUCUGUGGCAUCAUAGCCAUCGCCUUGCCUAUCCACCCUAUUAUUAAUAACUUUGUCAGAUAUUAUAACAAACAGAAAGUAUUGGAAACAGCUGCAAAACACGAACUUGAAUUAAUGGAAUUGAAUGCCAAAGCCAGAGAGGCCGAAGAUUCCAGACGUCAACAUAUAGAUAUUGUGAUCACCAAAACAAGUAACCUCUCGCUCAAUAAGAGUAUUAACACUUACAGCGACGCUUUUACUCCACUUUUAGCAGAGGAAAAAUUGCAUCGAAAUAGGCUUCAGAGCUGCAAAUGAACUGAUAGUUCACUAUCGGUACAGACUGGGAAAUGUGCAAUUUUAUUAGGUGUACGGAAUGCCAAACGUAUCGUCUUAUCUCUCGUCAAACACUGAAAAAGCAGACGUUUAUGACUGCAUGCAUGAUACAAAAAUAUAAGAUACUGUCAUUGUUAUUUUUAGUUACAAUAAACCACACUUACCAUAAUGUUCAUUUGGCAUAGAUAAUGACAUUUCUUUUUUUACAUUUUAGAAAAGAGUUGGUCAGUACAAAAGAGAGUUGGGUAUAUUUUAUGGGGUAUUUGUAACUUGAAUUGUUACAUGGAGCCAGGUAAAAUAAUAUUCCCCAGUUGAAGCCUAAGGACAAAACUAUUAGAAGUGGUUUAACACUGUGACUUACAUUUACAGGUUUUCAUAAUAAAUGAUACUGUGCCACAACCUCUUGUAUACAUGCCACAUGUAUUAUUUCUCAUAAUUGCGACAUGUGAAUUGUGGCAUUAGUUGAUCCUAAACAUUUUCAUGAGUAAUUUGUAAUUUCAUAAUAACAUGUCCUUAAUACUUUACCAAACAGGACACAAGCUGCUACAAGAAUGAAAAAAGAAUCAAAAUAAUGGAAACUAAAUUAGACCUGAAAAAACCCCAGAACAUAUGAAUGAAUGAAUAAGUUUAUUGGCCAAGUAUUCACAUACAAGGAAUUUGCCUUGUAUACAAUGUUAAUCAAGAUUUGAGAAGAUAAAGUUGUUAUUGAUAUGUUCUGUCUGUGGCAAUGGAUCAAAAGUCAAGUGUUUUAUUGUCAUAUAUCACUGACAUUCUUACUUGCUGCUCAGAAGAAAACCCCAAACAAUAACAGUGCAAUAAUAAUAAUAAUAAUAAUAAUAAUAAUAAUAAUAAUAAUAAUAAUAAUAAUAAUAAUAAUAGUCUAUUGUAGUUCAUAGCUUAUGAGGUUACCUCAUUUUAGAAGAAGGCCAACAUAGGCAUACACAUUUUGGUUUAGACAUUUGUAAUAUUAUUUAAAUACUCAGAAUUACAAAACAAAUGCAAAAUAAUCAAUUUUUAUUUGAGUCCAUUUUAAUACUAGUCAGUAAAUAACUAUCAAAUGGGAUCUCAAUUUAGCUAGGAUAGGAAGCACAAUACCGAGUGGCAACAAGAGAACACUCAUUUCAGUAUUACUAUAUUAAUCAUACCAUAAAAAUGUGUGUCCAUCAAUCUCAGUGGUACAGUUAUAGUUUUUAUAUGAAUGCAAUGUUACCAUUUUUAGUAAUUUUAAGAGCAGUUUAAAAUUUAUUACUCAUUUGUAACGGAAAUAAUGUCCCAAAGCCCGACAUUAUUAUUUUCCGAAGGUACACAAAAAUUGCUGGAGAAACUCAGCGGGUGCAGCAGCAUCUAUGGAGCGAAGAAAAUAGGCAACGUUUCGGGCCAAAACCCUUCUUUCUAUUUCCGAACUGCUAUUUCCCAUGUUAACUAUCUUUGAUUAAUUACAUCUGCUGCACAGUGAUUAUAUUAUUUGUAUUUGAACUACUUUUGUCACAGUACAGUUAUUAUUAACUAUAUCUGUUUUAAUACUUCUUGUUUGAUUUUGUUAAUUGUACAAUUUUUGUAUUUUCAAUUAUUGAAAAGUAUCAAAAAUAUAAUAGCUUCAAAAUCAUGCUUUAUAUUUAUAAUGCUGGUAUUAAGUGGAGAAUAUAACAGAUGUAUCCAACAUGCUGGUUUCAUUUAUCUAUAUUGCAAUAAAUCUUUAAGCUAUGCAUAUCACACAUAAAAUAAAUGUCUUAUGUGAUCUGUAACACUGCACUGCCAUCACAGGGAUAGGAAUGUGUAAUUAAAAUAUGGAACAUUUACUUAGACAGUGUCCUAUUUAAAUAUAAACAUAAGAAUAUAUAAUGAUAACAUGUGAAAAUGGACAGAAAGUUUAAUUAUAAAGGAGGACACAUUUGUGUGCCCUUGUCAAGUUAUAUGCUAUCCUUCAAUCCAGUUUUACCCGUAUCCCAUAAUUUGUUGUAACUGUGCCAUGAGAAACCAUGAGAAAUCAACUGGUUGAUGUUACCAAAAAAAAUGAAAUUAAUAAGAAAAGCAAGCAAAUUUUAACAAACAAUGUACCAUUGCAUUAUUGGCCAAAUUUAACCUUCCAGUUCAUUGCAGUAAUGUGCAAUUUAAUAAAUAGUGGCAUAUAUAUAUUUGUUGUAAAGCAUUACUCAUUAUUCAAGGUGUGUGAUUUUACCCCAAUUUGGUAGUAAUUUUGCCAUCGAUAAAUGUUACAAUGCUAACAUAUUUUGGCAAUGGAAUGAAUAUCAGAGGCAUAAUAGAAUGUGCUAAUGCAACUAAAUACCAUGUUUCAUGUUACUGACUAGAAAUUAUUUUGGGGGCAAUAUUGAAACAGCUUAUGGCAAAGUUUAUAUUUCCUUUAAUUAAAUUGCAUACAUCAAUGCAAAAUAGAACUAAGCGUGAUGCAUGCCUGAUAAAAGUUUGUAUUAUUGUGUCCUAUUUUUGGUGAUUCAGAUAAUCAAGUUGGAUUUGGGGUCUGUUUUCAUAUGUAUAUAUCAUGGGCUCAUCUUGUUCACUGGAGUAUUACUUCAGACAUCUACAUAAGAAAACCAUUUUCACUGCAGUUAUCAUAAGACAAACAAUAAAUGCUAUUCCUACUGUGCUUAUUUUUAGAUUUUGAUCUUCAAACUCUUUUCCUGAAAUGAUC